AUGGACUCCAUGACCCCUUCCCCCUCACCCACCCCCUCACGCCCUCAAACCGCCCAAUCCGACACCUCCCACACCACCUUCGCCUCCGCGCCCUCCUCCCCCACCGCCACCACCAACAGCUCCUCCCAGCGGGGUUUAGUGGACCAAAUCGACCACAUUAAAACUCUCAUCACCCGCCUCCCGAACGCCGCUCCGGCCAGGCAGCCGGAAGUCAUCACCGCCCAGCUCUUCCGUAGUAGAAGGAGUAACUCGCAUGAUCCGGGCGGGGUGGGACAUGUGCUGCAGGUGCUUGAGGGGUUGCGGAGGAGGGUGAGGGUGGAGUUGGGUCCGAGGGGGAGUGAGGAGGAUCCGGAUAGUGAUGCUGAGAGCGAGGGGGAUGGUGGGGAAGAGGAUGAGGUGGAUGAGGUGGAGAGGGUUAGGGGGGUGUUGGAAAGGAGGGUGGAGGGGUUGAUUGGGGAGAAGGAGGGGUUGGGGGAGGAGUUGGAGGGGCUGAGGGAGGAGAGGGAUGAACUUGGGCGGAGGGUUGAGGAGGCUGAGGGGAAGGCUGAAGAGACGAGAGGGGUCUUGGAGUCCGUGAGGCGGGAGAUGGAGGAGUUGAAGGAGGGGAGGGAGAGGGAUGAGGCGAGGAGUAAGGAGAUGGAGAGGCAGUUGGAGGGGUUGAGGAGGGGGAAGGAGAAUGGUGAUGCUAGUAGACGGCAGUUGGAGGGUGAGCUCAAGGAGGAGAAGAGUGGGAGGGAGCGGUCGGAGAAGCGUGCGCAAGAGUUGGAGAAGCAGGUACAGGAGGUUGAGACGCAGAGAGAGGCUUCUCAGAUAAGUACUCGGGAUGUACAGUCACAGCUGAGCGUGUUGCAGCAAUUGAAAGCCGAGGCAGAAGCCCUGCACGCGAGGAAUGAAGAGAAAAUCAAAGGUCUGGAGGAGAGCAAGGCGAUCUCUGGUCAGCACAUCCAACAUAUGAUCGCAGAGCACAAGCAGGAGGACGAAACGGCAAAGCAGCGUCACGAUGAGCUACAGGACCGCUGCACCAAGCUGGAGAAAGAACACAACGAAUCGAAGGCGAAGGUCGCGGAGCUCACUAAAGAUGCGGUCGAUUACGAAAGCCGGAGACGAGAGCUCAUCGAGCAGGUCGAGGAGCAGAAGAGGCUGUUGGAGAAUGCGAAGAAGGAUAUUGAGCUGCAUGGCAAGGAGCUUGGGCAGUUGCUCGGGGAGCAUAAGAAGGUCAAGGCCGAUUUUGAGACUGUGAAUAAGGAGAAGGAUGAGCUAAGAGAGCGGAAUGAGGCUCUGGCGGCAGAGAAAGAGAGACAGGCGGAGGAGAUGCAGAAGCGGGAACGGGAUCUGAAGGCUGAACAUGAGGAAGCGAUGAAGAGUCUGGAGGCUAGCCUCGGAGCAAAGGUGGAUGCUGCGAAGGAGGAGCACGAUCGACUUCAGAUGAGGCAUGAUGCUUUUGUCACCGAGAAGGAAAACCAGGCCAAGGAGGCGGAGGAGCGGCGGCAGGAACUCGUUGCUGGCCAUGAGGAGGAAUUGAAGUCCUUGAAUCACGACCUUGUGGGCUUGAAAGGUGUGAAAGAGCAGCAUGGCGAGUUACAGGCACGGCACCAUGCCUUGGUCGCCGAGAAGGACGCCCAAGCAAAGGCAGCUGAGAAGCAACGUGAAGACCUCAUCGCUAGCCACGAAGAGAAACUGCACUCCUUGGACCGCGACCUCGAAAGCCUGAAAGGCGUCAAGGCGGAACAUGACGAGCUCGAAGCGAGGCACAAUGCUUUGGUCACAGCGAAGGACGACCAGGCGAAGAUGGCCGACCAGCAACGUGAAGAGCUCGUCGCCAGCCACGUGGAGAAACUGAAGGCUUUGAAUCAGGAUCUCGAAGAGGCUCAAGGUGCGCAGAAGCAGCUGGAUGAGUUGCAAGCUAGGCAUGAUGGCUUGUUGGCGGAGAAGGACGGGCAAGCAGCAGAAGCGGAGAGGGAACGGAACGCUCUUAUCGCUGAGUACGAUGAGAAGUUGAGGACAUUGAACAACGAUCUCGAGGAGGCGAAUGCCGUUAAAAAGCAGUAUGAUGAGCUUCAGACAAGGCACGAAGCUCUGUUGGCCCGCAUUGAUGAUGAGGGCCAGGAUGCGCAGGCUCGCUUGCGUGAAGCAGAUAUUGAGCAUGAGAAGGCGUUGGCGGCUGCAAAAGAAGAGCAUGCCAGAGAUAUCGACGCCAUCAGAAAAGAACGAGAUGACCUCCAGGCGGAGCGCGACACUGCCCUUUCGGAGAAGCAGGAUGAAGUCAGCAAAGCAGAAGCCUCGAUUCAAGAGCUCAAGACAGAGCACCAAAGCCAUCUGGAUUCCACAUGCAAAGACUACAACGAGCAAGUAUCGUCUCUGAAGAAGGAUGUCGAAGAGUUGCAAGCUCGGCAUGCUGAGUAUGCGAGGGAGUCGGAGAAGCAACUCGCUCGUGUGAACGAAGAGCACGAGAAGGCGAUCAAGUCGUUGACCGACGAGCAUGAAUUGCGGUCACAGCAAGUACAGCAGGAUCUGCAAGCUCGGCAUGAUGAACAUGCGAGGGAGUUGGCAAGAAAACUGAGCGAUGUCGAUGAAGAGCAUCGGCGGACUGUGAAGUCGCUGGAGGAGGAGCAUGAGUCGCGUUUGAAGCAACAAGGGCAGGAGCUGGAAGAUGCAAGGGCAAAUCAUAGCCGUGAGCUGGAAGAUGCAAAGGCAAGCCACAGUCGUGAGUUGGAAGACUUGCGUGGUUCUCAUGGAAUAGAAGUGAAGUCGCUUCGAGACGCUGCGGAGGAGACCGAGAGAGACAACAAGAAGUCCAUUGACGACCUGAAGGCCCAGAAUGCAGAUCUGGAUACUCGUACUGCGGCGCUGCAAGCUGACAAUGUCUCCUUGCUUGGCCAGUACACUGACAAGGUGAAGGAGUAUGACCAGCUUGUGGAGUCAACAGAGGAGCGUAGCAAGGCAUUGGAGCAGCGGAUCGGUUCGAUCGAACAGCUGGCAUCGGAAGCGCAGGCUGCGUUGAACGGCAAAGAAGCAGAGCUGAAUGAAAUUCUCGCGAAGAAGGACAACGAGCUUGCCGACGCGCUUGGCAAUUUGUCCAGCCUGCAGCAGAAGUUGUCCGAUCAGUCGUCCGACGUUGCGCGCAAGGAGACCGAACUCGCUGAAAUGGCAAAGAGCCACGAGGAGAAAGUCCGCGAGCUCGAAGCAGGGUGGUCGUCGAAAGCUGACGAAGCUAAGAGGCAGCACGAUGCCGAUAAGAAUAGCGCUGCGGAGGCGGCUGAUCAAGCUCGCGCCGACCUUCAGAAGCAACUCGAGGAUCGUCAAUCGGCUGGAGACGCUAGCCUUGCCGCUGCUCGUGAUGAGAGUGCAAAGGAGCUCGCAAAGGUUCGGGCGGAGUCGCAGUCACGGCUUGAUGAUGCUCAGCGAAUUCAAAAGGAGAGCCAAGAUGCUUCCGAGGCGGCAAGAACAAAGCAUGAAAGUGCUAUGUCUGAGCUGCGGGAUGACCAUGAGGCGCGGAUCAAGGACAUGCAAUCUUCCUUCGAGAGUACUCACGAGGAGAGCAAACGUGCUCUGGAAGCACAACUGGCUGCAUCGAACGCCAGAUCUGUCGACGUCGAAGGCUCCAACGCAAAGCACCAAGCUGAGCUGGCUUCGCUGCGGCAGACGCAUGAGGAGUCGGCCAAUGAAAUGCUGCGCAAGCUGUCUGCGAUGGAGGCUCGGCUGGAGAGGACGGGUACAGAUCACGCUCAGACUCUGUCAGAGAAGGAGGAACUGGAAUACAAAAUCUCGCAGCUGAAGUCCAGCCAUGACCAGGCACUUUCAAGGCUCGAACAAGAGCACGAAGCAUCGCUGACCUCUACCUUCGCCAAAUCGGACAGGCAGCUCGAGGAGCGCUUGCACGAGCAGUCGCAGACGCACGAGAGCGAGUUCGAUCGCCUACAGGAGAGUCUGAACAGCGAGUUACAGAACUUGCAGAUACAGCUAGAGGAAGCUGCCGAGCUGAGGCAUACGCAGAUGCAGGCUGCCGAUGCUGAACGUGAGCGCGCACUUGGCGAGCUCAAUGGUAAAGUCUCGGCUGCAGAAGAGACGGCUGUAGCGUUACAGGUACGCCUUGACGCUGAGCUGACCAGUCGUGCGGAAGCCGAGAGGUCGUUGGCUGAGCUUCGAAGGCAAAAAUUGGAUCAGGACAAGCGGUCUGCCGAUGACAGUGAUAGCCUAUCGCAGCAGCUGGCCGCUUUGCGGAUUGAGCGAGAUACGUUGGCCAAGCGAGCGGAAGGCGACAAGGACGCUUCUCUGACGAGAUCAAUAGCGGCUUCAGAUGAUGCAGCAGACGAAGUGACUGCGUUGAAGCAAAAGCUCGCCUCCAUGGAGACCGAGUUGGCGCAGGCACUCAAGUCUGCAAAGACGGAUGGAGCUGGUGGGCAGUCUGAGCUUGCGCGGCAGAAUGAGUUUCUUGCUAGCCAGCUGGAGGCCAUGGUUUCGUCGCGGAGCACGCCUGUUACUCCUGCUGGUGGUCGAAGUGAUGCUUCUGCUCAGACGGAUUCUGAGAAGGUCGAGGUACCACCUCCAGAACCGCCGCAAGCGGUCCCCCAAGAAGACAAAGUCCUUGUGACUCCUCGGCUACGUCGUACUGCGGGCGGCUCUGAUCGUGUCACGGAUGGGUCGUUGAAGACACGGUCAUUCGAAGACUACCUCCAGCAAGCGAAAGCUGAACUUUCCGAGCUUGGAAGCGUGAUCACCCAGAAUGAAGCGCUCUUUGCUCGGAAGAUUCAGGAGCAUGUCGGAGACCUCCAGCGUGCGAAGGAUCAGAUGGCGUCGGAGUACAAGGACAAAUUCGACGCUCUGCUCAAAGAGCGGGAGCGGAUGGAGCGCGACGUCUCCACGAAGAGUGCCGAAGAGUUUGCUCGCGAGCGGCAACGGCUGGUUGCAGACUAUGGUGCAUAUCAUGACGAGCCAGCAAAACAGGCGGAGGCCAUCACUCUCCUGUCGACGCCCAGCCGAACUGCUUUACGGAAUGCGGAAGAGAGGCUGGUGUCAGAGUACAACCAGAAAGUCGUCAAGCGCAAGUCUCAGAUUGCCUUGAAGCAUGCGGCGGACUUCCAGGAGCUCACGCAGGACUACGAUCGAAGUCUAGCACAACUUCUCGGAAACCGGAACAAGCUCGAAAGCGAUCUAUCAGUCGAGCCAGACCGCUUCGAACAAGACUACAGUGAGCUCGAAGUCAUGUCCGCCAAGCUUGAGAACGAGAAGCCUGGCAGCAGUGCACCGAGCAGUCCGCGGGUCGAGGAGGUUGUCGCUGGUGCAAUCGAGCAGGCGGUCAAGAUACCUGAUGCUGGAAAGCCGACUCUAAUCAACGUACAAAAAUCUCAACUGCCAAAGCGAUCUUUUACGAGCACACCACGCACACCGACUUCUAUACCGCGGGUCAACCGCCAGCCAAGCGAGACCCAACGUCCCGCCUCAGAGCGUCUACCGCACAUCAAGCAGCAAUCUCUCAUGUCGCCUAAGAGCCCCGCAGAGGAUCAUCUGGCAAGACGCACACCAAGCAGCGGCCGCGGCUCGCAAAGACUGUCUUCGCCCUUGCUAAGGACUACCGCGGAGCAGGACUUCGGCAUCGAGCCGGCCGAGUUCGAGCAGAGGGCUUCACAGCAGUAUGGUAAACAACGGACGUCACCCGACAUGACGAGGAACAACUUCACGAUUGAGCAUAGCGAAGCAUAG